GUUUGCAUGGAGAAAAAAUAAAAAUUAUAAACAAGUUGUUAGUUUUACCAAAAAGUUAAAUAAAAAUGUCUACAACAAAAUCAAGUGAGGUAAAUUAUUAUGAAGUACUAGAUAUUGAUAUAGAAGCUCAAGAGGCAGAAAUACGCAAAGCCUAUCGGAAGAAGGCCCUAGCAUGUCAUCCAGAUAAGAAUCCCGACAAUCCAAAAGCAGCUGAGUUAUUUCAUGAACUUUCUAAAGCUUUGGAAAUAUUAACAGAUAUCAGUGCUCGAGCCGCUUAUGAUAAAGUCUUAAAAGCCAGAAAAGCGGCUGAAUUACGCCACAAACAGUUAGACAGUAAACGACAGAAAUUAAAAGACAAUUUAGAACGACGUGAACUGGAAGCGUUCUAUAAACCCCACGUCCAGAAGACAGAUCAAGAAAUUUUGCAAGAGGAAAUUGAACGCAUCAGACGUGAAGGCUCUCGUUUGCUGGAGGAGGAACAUCGUUUAUUAAGGGAGCAAUUGCAACGCACAUAUGCCGAACAGGCGCAGCCAAAGACUACUUUUAAUUCCGCAGAACAUCGUAUUAAAAUAAAAUGGGAAGCUGAUAAAAUGGAUGCCAGUAACGGAGGGUAUAGCGAAGAAAAAUUAAUGGGCUUCCUGAAAAAAUGGGGCGAUAUUGAGGCUUUGGUAAUGAGCAAGAAAAAGGGCAAAGCUUUAGUAGAAUUUAAGACCUUAGAAGCUGGGGAGAUGGCUUUACUGUAUGAGAAAGGGCUAGGGAGUAAUCCCUUAUGCCUCAAGCCGCUUAACCCAUCUCCUGAUAAAAGAGCACCAAAAAGUACAUUAGCAAAUUAUGAAGAUCUGGCCAUGCGGAAGCUAAGGCAGGCGGAAGAACGUAAACGUUUAAUAGAACAAAUGUUAAAAGAAGACAGUGAACAAGCGUAAAAACUAUGUGUAAAAAAGAUU